CUUCUUUGCAGUUCCACGGAGGAGAGGAUUUUUUUUUUUCCACACGAAGAAGGGGAAUUUUUUUUUUUUUUGUUCUGGGCUGCUGACGCGAAGAAGAGCGACAGUGUGCCGUGGAAUGGAUCACUGAGUAAACACGACGACCGCGCAAAUCCGCAGGUUCGUGGGAGGUUUGGAGGCAAACAUGACCGCCAACAAGAGUCCAAAGGCCGUGCCUCACGCGGGAGCCGGUAAAGCUCCUCGGGACCCCCCCGACAGGUGCCAGUCUACUUCUCCCUGCCCCGUUCAGUCCGGCGGCCAGAGUCCGAGCGAGCCAACGCUGCCUGGUGACGGGAAGAACUAUCAGAAACAGAGCAGGUACCUCAGGACAGACGGACGUUUUCUGGUACGUGCUGGCUGGAACAGCAAGACUGCGAGCUUUGCCAGCGGACCAUCCCUCACGGGUGAUUUUGAGUCGCAACGCCGGCUCACAAAGUCCAAGAGCAUCAGUUGCCUGGACAACCGUCUCUCCAUCUACAAGCCUCAAGCGAAGGAGUAUUGUGAAGGUGAAGACGCCCAGGAGCAAAAGGAGAACCAAGGGGGUGUUCCCCCAUCCGAGGGACUGAAUGGUCGACCCCUGAGUUGGAGUACGCUGUCACUGGGGUCGCUCUCUAGCCAAGGUCACAAGCGCACACUUUCUGUCAGCAGGCCAGUCGCGAGCGUUCUGCCCACCACAGUCCGCAAAAAGAUCUCGGAAUGGGAAUGCAGGAGAGUCUCUCUGCCUAGGAUGAGCUUGUGUUUAGAUAAAAGGCCCGGACGAGAGCGCAUCGGAGGCAGCGAGGGCUGCCCGAGCUUGCUCUCUUCCCCCUGUAGCGAGAAGGCUUUUGACUUCAAGGGGAUUCGCAGGAUGAGCACAGCGUUUUCAGAAUGCUCGUACACAGAGACGGAAGAAGAGGAAGGCGCUUCCGACAAAGACGGCUUAGGCCGCUUCCAGAAAAGGAUCAGUAAGACUGAGUCACCGGGGGGAUUUGUACGCGCCCUGUCUGCUCGUAAGGAGACCUCGGCGGUCCUCAACAGGAUACAAAAGAUAGAGCAAGCCCUGAAGGACAAUCCGAGCCCACCUCCUCCGCGCUAUCUGAGUAAUUGCUACGCUUCAAACAAGACAAGACAAAAAUCUUUUGUGAUCGGCGAGGACUUUGACAGCACAUGCACCAGCAAGCGCAGUAGCAUUUGCUCCGUGGCCACGGAACCAGAUACCGUUUUGGUCCCUGACAAGUUUGCAAAACACAGACAAAGGUUCAGUGUGGCUUCAAUCAGGUCUCUGAGCCCGGAUCUGGCCAGCCGGCAGACGUCUCCCGGCCCUCCCAUCAACCCCCUACCGAAACCCAAGCGGACGUUUGAGUACGAGGCCAAACGGGAGCAGAAGGGCACAUUGUCAGUGAAUGGACUGCAUUCGGCCUGUGAGUCUCCCCCGCCCUUGCCCUCAACCCCCGCACCCACCACCACACGCACGCCGAAGUCGCUGGGCAGCGCUUCUCGCCCAGCACAAGACAGAGAGCCUUGUGAAUCAGAGGAUGCUGCAAACCUCCCAUCGUCACAGCCCUCUUCGCCCUCAGAGAACGGGACACGAACCACAGAGACGCAACGGAGUCCAGCCAAUUCCAAAAGCACUUUAGAGGAGAACACAUAUGAGGACAUCAUCGAGAAGGAGAACCCCUACGAGGAUGUCGACCUAAAACGGAGGAGUUUGGGUCGGAAAAGCUGUCAUCUGGAGAGCAGCAGAUCUUGGACCGCCAUGGAUCGGAAGCAGAACUCGCCGCCUCAGUUGCCGUCCAAACCCAGCAGUCAGUCCCUCCGCAUCCUGAGCUCCACCGACCGGAAGAGUCACCGCUUGUCGCAGUUGUCCAAACGCCACAGCCACGACGAAUCGCUGCUCCUCCCCCAGGUGGCCGUUUCCGCUUCCUCUUGCGGCCUGCUGGACGAUAGCCUUUGCCGAACCGGCGAUAACCUGGCCUCGCACAGGCAUUGGCGGAUUCCCAAGCUGGUCCAGAGAAUCAACUCCAUCUACUGCAGUAAACGCGGAAAGAAGAGACUUAAAAAGCUGUCCAUGACCAAUCUGGACACCUCAUCUUUGAGAGAUGACAACAGCGAGAGUGAGAGCGACUCUGACGACAGGUUCAAAGCCCACACCCAAAGGCUGUUGAAGUUGCAGUCCAUCCUUCGACAGGCCCCCAGCUACCGCACGCUGGAGCUGCAGCUCAUCGAGUGGCAGGAGAGGGAACUCUUUGAGUACUUUGUCGUCGUGUCUUUGAAAAAAAAGCAGAGCAAGAACUCCUACUCCCCGGAGGUCUCUUACCAGUUCCCGAAGCUCGAGAGGCUCACCAAGCAGAUGCGAGAGGCAGAGCAGAGGCUCAAAGCCAUUCCUCAGUUCUGUUUCCCCGACGCCAAAGACUGGAACCCCGUGUCCGAGUAUUCCAGUGAGACCUUCUCCUUCAUGUUGACCGGAGAAGACGGCAGCAGGAGGUUCGGCUACUGCAGACGCCUGCUGCCGAGUGGGAAAGGACCUCGCUUACCAGAAGUGUACUGUGUCAUCAGCAGGCUCGGCUGUUUUGACUUGUUCUCCACUAUCUUAGAUGAGGUGGAGCGGCGACGGGGCGUAUCAGCAGCGCUGGUCUAUCCCUUCAUGAGGAGCCUGAUGGAGUCGCCCUUUCCUGCGCCCGGAAAGCUCAUCAAGGUCAAGACCUUUCUGCCUGGUGCAGGAAACGAGGUCAUCGAGCUGAGGCGGCCCACCGACUCCAGACUGGAGCACGUGGACUUUGACAGCCUGUUCGCCUGCCUGGGCGUCCGGCAGGUCGUUCGGGUCUUCGCCUCGCUGCUGCUGGAGCGCCGGGUCAUAUUUGUGGCCGACAAACUCAGUACGCUGUCGAGCUGCAUGCACGCCGUGGUCGCGCUGCUCUACCCGUUCUCCUGGCAGCACACCUUCAUCCCCGUGCUGCCCGGCUCCAUGUUGGACAUUGUCUGCUGUCCCACUCCCUUCCUGGUGGGGCUGCUGUCCAGCUCCUUGCCCAAGCUCAAAGAAUUGCCAGUAGAGGAAGCGUUAAUGGUGGACCUCGGAACCGACCGUUUCAUCAGACAGAUGGAUGACGAGGCGUCGCUGUUGCCGCGGAAACUUCAAGCCGCUCUGGAGCAAGCGCUGGAGCAGAGGAAUGACAUCCUCAGUCAGGACUCAGACAGCGAAUCGGACGAAGAGUACAACUCCCUCAACAGUUUGGUGUCGGAGGCCUUCAUUCGCUUCUUUCUGGAGAGCAUCGGCCACUACUCGCUGUUCAUCACCCAGAACGAGCGCGGCGAGCGCCUCUUUCAGAGGGAGGCCUUCCGCAAGUCGGUGGCGUCCAAGAGUCUUCGCCGCUUCUUGGGGGUCUUCAUGGAGUCUCAGAUGUUCGCCGGCUUCAUUCAAGAUCGAGAACUGAGGAAGACUCGCGCCAAAGGUCUGUUCGAGCUGAGGGCGGACCAGUACCUGGAGGAGCUGCCGGACACGGAGCAGAGCGGCGUCAACAAGUUCCUCAAAGGCCUUGGAAGCAAAAUGAAGUUUCUCCACAAGAAGAAUUGAGGCGAACGUUUCCCCAAUUUCCAGGCCCGGCGUGCACCCCCCGCAUCUCGGAUCCUCUUGAAUUCCCGCCAUCAACUUGUACAUAUUUCACCGCGAGCUGGCCU